CGGUCUCUACACACCUUUUUCCAUGGAGUAAUUAAGGCCUGCCCCAGAGUGAGAGAGCACUCCCUGCCCAGCUGUGUAAGGGAGAGCUGACAGCAUUACCACCACUACCACCACUACCACUAAGCAUGAAGCUCCUGGGGAUUGCCUUCUUCUUCUUAGCUGUACUCUGUGUUUGCACUGUGGGAGAGGAUGGCAUUACAACCCCUACUGUCAGUACAACCGUUUCUGCAUCAGGAUCAAAAUCCGUAACAGAAUCUAUGAAGGCAUCAACUUCACAAGUAACACCUUCGCAAACAUCAGCGCCAACAACAACAACUGCAAUUGGAGCUGCAAUUGAAUCCAUCACAAACAGUACAUCCAUGUCUUCUUUGCCUAAUGCUACACAAGGUAUAACACAAGGUACAACAACGCAAGCAGUGGUAAAAGUGACAACUACAGCAACAGAUGAAAGUUUCAGCACAACAAAUGCGACACAAGCAAGUGCAACAGAGUUGCCACAAAAUGGGAGUUCGGAUGCUUCAUCUACCAAGGGAACAUCUUUUUCUUCUACAGUCUCUCCAGAAACAAACACUUCUGCUUCUGGAACCUCAGGCCUUCCCGUGAGCUCUCCAACAGAAUCAACAACUUCUGGCAGUCGUGGAAGCAGUCCUGGAGAAGAAAACAAAGGGACGGGGAGUGAUAUCCACUAUUCUAGUAUUAUCUUGCCAAUUGUCAUCACCCUGAUAGUCAUUACCCUCUCUGUCUUCUCACUGGUGGCUUUGUACAAAAUGUGCCAGAAGAAAACUCCAGAGAGACAAGAGAAUGGCGCUGAACAGGCCCAAUCAGACAAAGAUGGAGUCAAACUUCUUUCCGUGAAGACAACUUCUCCUGAGACUGGAGAGCACUCAUCUCAGGGGAAGAAUAAAACUCGACAACUCUUCACAUCUCAGCAAUAAAUACAUGUGAAACAGCCUAUUUUAUCACAGUGUGCAGGAACAUACCACCAAAAUUGCAGUUCUGUGGGAAACGUGGACCAGUUGAAGCUUUUUACUGGACAGGACACUUGUGUUAAUGACCAACUCUUGACUUCUCAAGUCCCUUCUGGAAUAUGUAAUUUUUUUGAAGGCUUAAUAACUGGUAUAUCAUAUGUAUUUAUUAUUUUCACAUAUAGUAAAAGCAGCAAAACAAGGCUGAUGAGAAUGUAAAAAUCAGGUGGUUUACAUAGUACUUACUAAAAAUGUUUUCUGCACAUACAGGGAGGAAUAUGUCAGCAUACUUUGUUGAAAUUACAGUAGCAAGGUUUUUUUAACUGUAUGUAGCAAAAUACAAGCAGGGCCUGACCCUUGAAACAGUACUGGGCAAACAGCCACUAUGAAAAUUAGUUCAGUGAUUUCCAUGAGACUCCUCACUGUAGCACAUGCUUUGCUUGUCAUAAAUGUUUACAGGGUGGGAUGCCCGGGUGGAAUGCUCAAGUGUGUGCUUUUUUCUGGUAAGAGGGGAACAUACCUUGCACUGAGGCUCUUUGAAGUUCUGUAAAUUACUGAAUAUGAUCCUUGUAAUGUAACAGGCAACAUAGUUUAUUUUCACCUGUUCCUUGGCUAAUUGCAUUACGUGUGCUACAAAUAUGACUUCUGUAUAGCCUGGGGCACACAGUGGGAAUCAGCAAGAUAAGCAAUUUUACAGAUGAACCUUCUUCCCUGUGUUCUGAGUAAUGCGUGGGAUUCCUGUAGGUUAUUGAAUAACUCUGGAAAUUUAAGGAGUGUUUCAAGUGCUAAUUACAGACACUCUUAAUUUGUACAGAGCUGACAAUUCCAAAAUAUCAAGUAGUGCUUGUACCUGCAUGUAUCCUACUUUUCUAGAACUAUAAAUGUUUGAAAAUUAUAUUACUGUGAGCAUCUGCUCAGUCUGAAUCCCCCGAUUCUUGUUAGUGUUCCAAGAACUUCCAUUGUUUUAUUGGGGAAUGGAAAGAAGACAACUGGUGGCCUAAGGGCAGGACCAAGAUUCAGGAUGGUGAUCUAAGUUUUGAUACCUACAAUGCUUUUGAGAAACUUCUCUCUCCAAUUCCAUUCUCUGAAAUUUUAAAAUUUGCCUACCAGUAUGGUAAGAGAUUGAGCAGAUUUAUUAAUUCAUUUCUCUGUGCUUGACCAUUACUCUUACACUUUGAUGGGUCUAAUAAUCCUGUGUCUUAGCAGCACCAUGAGAAACAUUUGAUGAACCUCUGUAAAAGAUGGGGAACAAACAAGUGUCCUCCAUGCUGCAGCUGAACUUACGUGGUUCAUUCAGGUAUUCCCAGAUCACUUUAGUUCCUCAGAAACAGAGAAGUCUUGGAUACCUACUUUGGAAAGGUCAGGCCAUCUAAAAUAUGCUAGUUGGCAUCUGCAGCUAUUCAGAUUCCUGAUUGCUGAAGUUUUCUUCGAUAAAAGCAAUGAUUGUGGGUUGAUUUUCAUGUUGAUUAAAAAUGAAUAUUUUGGAGCAUGUUGCAUCAUAGUGAAAGGAAAGUAGAAAAAAGCAGAGAAAGAUUGUGAAAUAUAUAUUUGUGUGUGUGUGCAAAAUUUGUUCAGAAACUACCAUGGUGUGUCAAGAAAAAAAAAAUUAACUACCUAUUAAAAGUUAUUAUCUUUA